AUGGUGAACAAGCCAUACAGCAGUUAUCUGUUAAACAAUCACCAAUACAUUCAUACGGCAAAUGCACAUUUACUAUUCAUUGGACGAGAGCCAACACAUGCAUACAGCAAUCCUGAACACAAUAAAGGUGGAACAACAAGUGAUGGACCAAUGGCCUUUAGAAGUUUCGAUUGGCAAAAUAAUGGUGGCGGCAGACGUGAGCAAACUAGAGAUCAUUUACAUGCAAUUGCAACAGAUUAUACGCAUAUAACAAUUAGCAACUCUGGUAUUCAUUCGCUUAAAUUUGACGAACCAGGUGCCAUCGAAACUAAUGAACAGGUUGAAAUAAUGCAGCCUUAUGAAACAGUUAACUAUAUUAUUUAA